UAAAUGAGAUUUGAAGAAGAAAACAAAUGUAUCUUUGUGCAAAACAUAACUCUAUACCACUCUAUACUCAGCAGUGAAUAUAUACCUAAUUUAGUAAGAUGCCUGACCAUCCCAAUUGUAAUUAAAAACAUCUGGUUUGUUUGUUUGUUGUUGAUAUGUUUAUAUUGGAUCGCGAUUUGAAGGGAGAUGGAAGAUGUUAUGUCUAUAUUUAGAGGGCUAAUUAUAUGUGUACACUGGACAAUAAAAAAGUGCUAUUUUGGAAAUGAAGGUGGUGGGUCGCAGGACAACACUUUUUAUUUUCGUACCCAUAGCAUCGUUGAUGCGAAUUUUCAUGGGAACCUUUGUUGGGUCGAUCCAUGGUGAAACUCUUCACACGGCCAUUGGGCUGGUACGUGCUUUAAAUGGAGGACAACGGGGUGAAAUCGAGAACCCGUUCGAAUUCGGCGCGGGUUUUGAUUUUUGACGAUCUCUCGAGCCGCGACCAGCAGCCCACCAGGUCCUCGAAUCAACCGAAAUUAAAUGUCACGCAUGCACCCACAGAUCAACCAAUGGCACAGGACAAGGGCCAGCUGCAGACCCCUUCUGUCUCAAAUCUUGUAAGGAUCCGGAAUUCUGCACUGGGCAAGUCCGCUCCUUCAUUGUCAGCAACCAUGAGAGAAAAUAAUAUUGUUAGCCGGAGGAGCAGUCGUCCAGGUGCUAUUCACAGACUAAGUUUGAUAUCAAACACUUCACCAACAAUGCCAAGAUCCCAUUCUCCAAUUUGUGGUAGUCCAAUUGAUAGCCCCCGCAACCAUAACAGUUUUCUGAAUUUUUCUUUUGCACCUAUAAAACGUAUUGCUGCUGGUUAUAGAGGUGAUGGUAGGCGUUGGUCAGUAGCUUCCCUCCCAUCAUCUGGUUAUGGAACAACUCCAGGUAGUUCAAACAUGUCGUCUAAAUGUUCAAGUCACGAAAAAUUGCAUCAACUUCCAAAUGCACCUACUUCAGACGAUAUGCGAAUAUUAACUCAUCAUUUUUCGAGCAAUGAAAGUAACGCUUCGAUGCCAGGAGCAACAAAUUAUGAAGAUGUGCAUCGCUCACCGCUGCACAGACCCAGAUCUCGUAGUCUUAGUAGCCCAAGUAGAUCUCCAGUCGUUGACAAUGAAAUAUCCAUGAUGAACGUCAUGUACAAAGAGAGGUUUCCUAAAGCCACGCAGCAAAUGGAGGAGAGAUUGUCCCAUUUCAUAAAUGAGAACAGAAGUAUGGUCGAGCCUGGUGAAGUUUGCGAUUUUUUGCCAAUCAUCCGAUUCGUUCAUCAUCAGGUGAUGGAAGUUGCUAGAGACUGUUUGAACAAGUCGCAAAACAAAUUGAUCACUAGCCGUUAUUUUUACGAAAUGUCUGAAAACUUGGAGAGGCUUUUGAACGAAACUAAAGAAAAAUCAGAAGACGCUGCUACAGAAGUAACAGGCUUAAUUAAAAAACUGUUACUUAUUAUCUCGAGGCCAGCCCGUUUAUUGGAAUGUCUAGAGUUUGAUCCUGAGGAGUUUUAUCACUUUUUAGAAGCGGCCGAAGGUCAGCUGAAGAUUCUGCAGGGUAUCAAAGAAGAUUUACCGCAAUAUAUAAUCCAGAAGCUGGGUCUUAAUAGAGAUCCAAUAGCAGAAUUGCAGAAAGAGCUGAGGAAUUGCAGUAAUUGGACAAGUAGCAAUAGUUCAUCGAAUAGGUCGUCAAUAUGCCUAACAUCGACACCAACGAGCAAGCAGCCGGCCAUAGCAUCCACUUCGAAUCCAGCAUCAAAAUGGGUUCCAUCCUGCAAUCCAAACGAAAAUGAUUAUGAAAUUAUAAAGCUAAUCUCAAACGGUGCAUACGGAGCCGUCUAUCUCGUCAAGCAUAAAAUUGCAAAACAGCGAUUCGCUAUGAAAAAGAUUAAUAAGAAUAAUCUUAUGUUGAGGAAUCAAGUGGAACAAGUUUUUGCGGAGAGAGAUAUUCUCAGUUUCGCCGAUAAUCCUUUUGUCGUUUCCAUGUAUUGCAGUUUUGAAACACGAAAGCAUUUGUGUUUGGUUAUGGAGUAUGUCGAAGGUGGAGACUGCGCUAGUCUGAUCAGAAAUAUUGGACCAUUACCUCCAGAUAUGGCACGUUUCUAUUUUGCUGAGACCGUUCUAGCCGUCGAAUAUCUGCACAGCUAUGGUAUUGUCCACAGAGAUCUCAAGCCCGAUAAUUUGCUUAUUACUGCUCUGGGACACAUCAAACUGACCGAUUUCGGAUUGAGCAAGAUGGGAUUAAUGUCUCUGGCUACCAAUUUGUAUGAAGGAUAUAUUGAUUGCGAAACACGUCAGUUCUCUGACAAACAAGUGUUUGGAACUCCGGAAUAUAUUGCACCCGAGGUGAUUCUGCGACAGGGCUAUGGGAAACCCGUUGACUGGUGGUCCAUGGGAAUAAUAUUAUAUGAAUUUCUGGUUGGAUGUGUGCCAUUUUUUGGAGAAACACCAGAAGAGUUAUUCGCGCACACAGUAAACGAUGAUAUCGAGUGGCCUGAAACUGAGGAUUGGGCAGUUCAAGAAGAGGCAAAAGACCUAAUAAUGAAUCUUUUGCAACAUUUCCCCAGGGAGCGAUUGGGUGCAAGCGGAGCUCAGGAAGUAAAGGAGCACGUAUAUUUUGCAAGUUUAGAUUGGAAUUCAUUGUUGCGGCAGAAGGCAGAAUUUGUUCCACAGUUAGAAAACGAGGAGGACACGAGUUACUUCGAUAGUCGGAUCGAUCGAUACAACCACGAUUUAGAAGACGACACUGAUGAUACUGAUGAUUCGCCUGUGUUCGGUCUGUUUUCGUCUUGCUCUCCUCAAUACCGGAAAGUCCAUUCAUCAAAGUUGAACUUAACUUCGGAUUCCGACGCUGGUAAUGAAUCAGUGAGAAUCACCACAUCGGCGACAACGCCAGAUACGCCCGAAAACGCGCACAGCAAGGCUAGACACAGUCUCUUAACUCCAGAUAAAGAUGAAUCUGAUGUGGUCACAGUAGAGCAUAGGAAAUUAUCGAAUGAUCUUAAUCGAACUGUCAGUACUCCUGAAUCAUCGCAAACCGAUAGUGACGAUUUUUCGCCGCAGAUUCAUAGGCGCAGCAGGAAGAAUGGACACUCUCGAGAGAUACUACCUAAAUUCUCAAUUUCUGUGGAAGAUGAACACAUCUUCAAUUUGAGCACAGUAGGGGUCUCGCCUGCAUCCAGCAGACACAAAUCUAGAUCAGUAGUGAAGAGCGCAUCUGCUUCAGGUCUAUCUCUUGUCAUUCCAGACGACUAUCAAACGACUGCAUCUCAAUCUGGUGUUCAUUCUCCAGGUACAGCGGUUACCAAUAUAAAUGUAAGUGGUGGUGGUGGUGGUUCCAGUACUGCAAGCUCUCGGGACACUUCGCCAUGCAGAGAAUUGUCACCAUUAGUGACGAGCUUAAAGCCUCCAAUAAUUAUACGCCGAGGACCCAGAGGCUUUGGAUUCACAGUGCAUACGAUUAGGGUGUUCUAUGGCGAUACCGAUUUCUACACUAUGCAUCACUUGGUUAUGGCGGUCGAAGAGGGAAGUCCAGCUUUCGAAGCAGGUCUGAGACCAGCUGAUUUAAUAACACAUAUUAAUGGUGAAACAGUGCAAGGUUUAUACCAUACUCAAGUACUGCAGUUGUUACUUGGCGGUGCCGAGCAUGUUAGCUUGCGCGCAACGCCCUUGGACCAAACCUCAAUCCAGAGUGGCGGAAGGAAACGCGAACCGGGUCAGAGUAAAUUAGCUAGAAGGAGCAUCCACAGGCAGCGUAGACAGAAAAGGGAAAGAGAAAACGAGAAGAAACGCAAAACAUCCUUGUUCCGAAGGAUCAGUAGCAAACGAGCGAGCGUGGAAAUGCAGCAGAUGGCUGCAGGUAUCCAAUCCCCCUUAACUGUGACUCCGAGUAGAAGCUUUACGUCAUUCCAAAGGGGCCAUGAUGUUUGUCCUGCGACCGCCUUGCGUUCGAACGCCUCGAACAGAUCCAGCCUUUCUCCGUCGGAUUCUUUCAGCCAACACUCAAGCAGUUCAUCGUCACAGUCGCCUUCGAGCUCUCCUAACCAAACUCCAGCUAUAAACAACCGUAAUAAGCAACAUUAUCAAAGACCAUCUACAUUGCAUGGCUUGAAACAUAAAUUGCAUUCAAACCCUUGUUCGAAAACUUUACACACCGCUAGUCCUGCAAAUGUGCCAAAUAGAAGGAAGUCUGUAGGUCAUAUACCAUUGUCACCACUCGCUAGAACGCCGUCGCCAUCGCCAUUGCCCGCCUCUCCGACCAGGUCACCGAGUCCAUUGGCUUUUCCAGUUGGACAUCAGCCUGGCAGCUCGAAUACUACCCAGUCGUACAGUCCGAGUUCCUGCGGUAGUACGACAAACAUUUUGGUGACUUCCUUGGCCACCAAUCCGUCCAAUUCCAGUCAGACGAAAAAGACUUUUGUGCGGACGAAGGCAGCAGAGCCUGGCUCCCCGCUGUUGCGUAGAGCUCUCUCGCCGGACCGUUUACAUCCUAGAACCGCUGAGAACAAGUGCUCAUCAAUAUCACCUCUCUGCUCUUCAGGCACUAACCAGGUGAAGGCGCAAACACGGGGCGCCACCAGCGCCGUUUGGCGUCCAGUUGCGCAAUCGGAUGUACGAGAUAAAGACUCUGACCUCGGCGAAUCCAGCCAGUCAAGUGAAACCACUGCCCUCACGAAUGAGAGCAACCGGUUGUCCUUAACACUUGCGGGGCCUGGCGAACUUUUGCCAAGAAUCGCCGAAGAAAAGGAUUCACCCACAAAUGGACAAGAUCAGAAAAAUAAUGUGAUCACUUCAAUUCGGGGAAAGGAUCAAUCUAAAGUAGUGACCUACGAGAAAAGUAAAAAAUAAAUCUCCUCUGCUAUAUAAUGUACACUCCAACAAUGCCGCAGCCCCGGUCCCUCUAUACAUAUAUAUAAUUAUUUUUUUUAUUUCUAUUAUUUUUUAUCAAUCUUCAAUCGUUUUAUGUAUCAGUACCUGUUCGAAUAUUGGCGUGUAUAUAUACAUUUCGCGCUUUUCAAAAAAAAGACAGAAAUCAACAAAAGUAAUACCUUGAACGAGAUUUAUGAAGAUUCGUCAAGAAUAUGCGUAAUAAAACAAUACUUGCCCAAUGCUGUUACAUUAUCGAGUUUAAUGUGAUUUUUAGGAAAAAAAAAAUAAUAAUUUAUAUUAAAAUGGAAAAAAAAACACAUUUCAUUCACGCAUAAACACUUAUAUUUUAUCCAAGAAAUAUUUGUAAAAGUACCUUUCUAAGUAGUUAAUAUUUAUUUAUUUUUUUUUGUGUA